UUCAUGCCCAAGUACAACUUCCAAAUUUCAGUCUUUAAAUCAUCCAGACAUAUAUGGAGAAGUUCUCGGGUCUACUGUUCCUUUUGCUCAACGGAUGCUGUUGUUGAUGCCGCAAAAAAAACUUGCAUCUAUCCUAAGCUCCGCAAAAAGUCGAAUUUCUCCGAUUGUACAUGCCCAAGGGCACUGCAUGUCAACAGAAGAUAUAUCGUCGAUGAAUGUUUAAAAUUGAUCUUUUUUAUUUCUCUAGACUCGAAAUACUGAGUUCUUUGCUGAAGCAACCAUAAAUUCAUGAUUUCUGAGGCAUGUCCACGUUCUCGGACAACCAGUCUCCUCCACGCUUCAGCCCCCCUCAGUCAGCUCAGCCAUAUAGGUCACUAUUUGGAGGCCCCAGCAGUCAAGAUGUUGAUCUGGAGCCAUACCCUGAGCCGCAGCAGGAUGCGAACGAGGAAGACCAGGAUGAGCUUGACGUGAUCAUGGGAGAGCCGCCGUUGAUCGAGCAGGAUUUCUCCGAUGAUGCUACCUACAUGGAAAGCGACGGCGAUGGGUCAGCAUCAGAUGGCAUGGAUAGCGAUGCCAGUAGUCGUUACAAGGCGCGAAGAAAGAAGGAAAAAAGCACGGCAGCCACACUUCCGCCGGCUGAAAGAGAGCCACCUAGUUCGCCCCCGUUACCUGACUAUCGACCAAACAGGUUCCGCGGUCCUGAGUCUACAUGGAGGAAGCUUACUGUCGAGGAUAGACAGAAUGCUCAAGCGCUGGAGGCGAUUCGGGCUAGGGAUCUUGCAGCGCACCUGUACAAUGCGCAUGCGCUUCGAGUAAGGGCACGUGAGAUAGCAAGACGAGCCACAGAAGAUGAUAGGCUACAGGACGAGGCCGAGGCCUUUCAUCCUCCUAAGAGAUGGACGGCGUGGCCAAUGCAUGCUAGUGAGGUUCCUCGGGUAGAUGAGCAUCUGAGGCGGGAAGAGGACGAUGUAUGGACCUUACGAAUGCAGCCCGAUCCGAGACCAAGCGGCGAGCUGGAGGAGUCUAUCAUGGCGAUAAUGCUCAAAUCCGCAAAGGAGAGAUUUGAAGCCAGGGAAUGGGAAACUAGGCGUGCUGGCUCGCGAUCUGUCUCGCGGUCUGGAAGAGCAAGUAGAGCCCAAACCGAGGAUUAUGACGCAAGUACAGGCAACGAGGGGGACUGGAGGAGUGAUGAUGAAUCUGUGGAUGAUGCGCAACUUCGACCUGCUGUUCAGGCAGAUGACGAGAAAUCACGGCGGCAAUUAAGGCCUUUGACCCGCAAUACGAUCACCUCGCUCGACCAGCUUCUUAUGGGCCUCCAUCAUGCCCGCAAAGGUGGUCUAGCAGUGGACGAUAGCUCUGCAAGUGAAUGGCAGACAGACACAGAAAGUGUGGUUUCUGGGAGGUCGUCGUCCCCUAGAAAAAGGAGGACAUCCAGAAACACGGAGAGAAGUCAAUCCAGAGGCAGAAAGCGAACUCGCCGGUCGUCUCAUUCGGCUCGACCAGCAAACGAACGUUCCCGCAGUAUGCAUGCAUCCAGCGGCCCACCUUCAUCCCGUCAAACUUCCCAACAUACCUCCGUGUCACGACAUACAUCCCAAUCUCGGGGAAGGUCCAUAGGCAGUGAUCGCAGGCGAUCUGCUAGUCGAAUCCGGCAUGGCGUUCGAGACUGGAGCGAGGUGUUAGGGAUCGCUUCUAUGAUGGGCUGGCCGCCCGCCGUGGUGAUGCGCGCAGCACAGAGAUGCAGCGGUCUUUUUGGCGAGGACAUGACGUUCCAGACCAUGAAGGAAGGGCACUUGCAGCAAGUUGAGAAAGAAAACGGCAAGGCCUGGGAAUAUGCCGAGAGCGAGUCUGAAGAGGAAGAGGAAGAGCCUCCCACUCCACCCCCAUCUCGACCUUCAUCUAAGCGAUCACGUUCCCGCGCGGUAUCCUCCAAAGCUGGCUCUGUCUCCCGGCCUUCAAGCCCUCUUUCUGGGACUCAAGACGAUACGGGCCCCCGGCCCAAGGGCAAAGGAGAUCACCGGAAGUCAGACCUGGUGUGUCCCAUGAAGAAAUGUCGCCGGCAUAGGAAUGGAUUUUCUCGGACGUGGAACCUCAAUCUACAUAUCCAACGCAUGCAUCCAGGAUAUCGUCCCAGAAGUACCGAUGUGAAGCCAGCGGGUGUUCAAGACCAGAUGGAUGAUGAACGAAUUAAUGAUACGAGAUAGACUAUAGACAAGGUGUCAUUCUAGCUUUGGGCCGUGUAUUAUAGACAUGAGGACAGUGGGAUGACAUGAUAGAAUAACCAUGGAUUCUCUGAAUUUGUAUAUUGUGAGCAUAGAGCAUCUUGUCUUUAUAGAUCAAUACGAUAUCUGUAUGGCGAUGUAUUAUCUCGGUCAUUGAUAAGUCGCUCAGAUGUCCUAUUGGUUUGAAAUGCCGCAAACUUCCCGAUAAGGCUUCUGAGUGGCUGC